CUCCACGGACGGAGGCUGAGAUGGAGACAGGAUGACAGUGACCGGGUGUUUUUCCGGUGGAGAUUGGAGCAGCUCUGGGGUGUCGGUACCUAACAUCUUCAUCAUCAUCAUCACCAUCAUCAUCAUCACCUCUCCGGGGUGCAUCAUCACCCCACACCGCAUGUUAUCUAAGGAAAACCCACGGGGAGUGUGUUACAGUUGUGUGUCGAUGAUGCCUGAGGAUUAUGGACCAUCACAGUAACGACGGACGCAGUAACGCUUCUGGAUCACAGCCUGGACUCUCUCUCUCUCUCUCUCUCUCUCUCUCUCUCUCUCUCUCUCUCUCUCUCUCUCUCUCUCUCUGUCAUCUUCCUCUCUUUAUUUACUAACACCUUUCUUUUUCUUUUUCCUGUUGGACAUUUCCAUCCUAGGAUGUUGAAUUUAGCGCUCUUCGCACGCGAGGGGCACCCCUGGCGCGUCAUUUUUGCGCAGAUGUGGGACACGGACGCGUAAAGGUUGCGCAAAAACCUGUGGAUGUAGUUUCUCGCAGACACUAUGGGUCCAAUACCUGAUCAUCACGGUUCUGUUUCUGUGCUGCACGCUCCAUUGCGCAUGCCUGGUGGCGGAUACACAACGCUGGCCGACGCCACUUGGCUCCGUCCUGGCAGUGAUGUAGGAGCAGAAAAGUAACCGGGAGCGGAGGACUGGAUGAGAACACGAGAAAUGCGUCGGCAAAGUGGCAGCGUGGCGAGCGAAGGAUUUGACCCCAGAUCCUUGCGGAAAUAGACAAAGCGAAGGAUGUCAGGAAAACCUAAUGCGGAGGCUGAAGGAGUAGUCUCCAAAGUGAAAGUGAAAAAGGAGAUCAAGACAAUCGUGAAGAAUUUGGAGACCAUCCUGGGAGACCUGAAGGAUGUAGCCAAAGAGCUGAAGGAGGUCGUCCAUGACAUCGACACCCUGACUUGUGACCUGCAACUGGAGGAGGACGGAAUGACAGACAGCUCUAAGACAGACACCCUCAACUCCAGCUCGAGCUCCACCACCACCACGACCACCGUUUCCAGCCUGGAGAAGAUGAAGCUCUUCCCCGAGGACUUCAUCUUUAAAACCCCUGGGCCCAUCGUCCCGGUCCCUGUCCACCCUCCUGCAGUACUGACUGUGCUGAGGAAAGCCCACCCGCCCUUACCACCACCAAGACAUACGCCGCUAAGAGCCGAGGAUCACAACAUGAAGAAUCUGCCUCAUCCGACUUUAAUGUUAUCAGGGAAUAUAUCCAAGGCUAACGGGUCUCUGUUGAGGAAUGGCGGGGUUUUCCCGUUGAAAACCAGGGAUUUAUUCUCCUCCACGCCAUGUUUCCUUUCGAGUGACAGCGGGUUCCCUGAGUCCGGGCUUGUUCCUACAUUGCCCAGGCCCAUGCCCCUUCUCCGUCAUGAAAAAAACAAAUGCCCAAAGGCCCCUCGUAGGGAGCCUCGUGAGAGGGAGCGUGUCCGUUUCAGCGAGAAGGUCCAGUACCACGGCUACUGCCCGGACUGCGACCUCCAGUACGACGUGGACGACACAGAACUACACUUACAGGCCGAGCUGAGCGACUUGAGGCUUAGCCCGGUACACUGCUGCUCUUCCUCCUCCCCUCCUCCACAUCAUGCUCUUCCUCAUGAUCUCAUGUUGGAAAACGGCGGCCUCCCGUUCAGCCACAGUUUCCCACCGACAGCGAACGCUCCUCCACCUUUUGUGCCUCCUCACCCGCCUUCCCUCAAGCCCCAGAAAACAAUCCUUCGCAAAUCAACCACCACCACGGUUUGACACCGACUCCCCUGUUCUGUCGACCUUAAACAUUCUUGAAUCAUUCAUAGUGUUUUCUACUUUAAGAGAGAUUUCUGCUCCGGUUGAACUUUGGAUUAACCAAACACAGAGAGGAAGGUUUGGGAAAUAGGAAACAAAAGGAUGGCUAAAGUGAGUAGAAUAGAGAGGAAGGAAUUGCCAAGGGCGCUGAGACGUACACAGACAGAUCUGGAAGAAGCGGGCCCAUUGAGAUACUUGAGGUACAAGUGGAAGGGAUGCUUGUUUCACACAGUGAUCAAACGCGUGGUUGAUCAACCCCCGGCAGGAGCCGGUGCCGAGGCCAAGCAUCAACCUUUUCUAAUGGCUCUCAAUCAACAGGAGACAAGAUCCUCUGGACAAAUUCAUAGUACUUGAGCACUAAAGCCUCCAGGCACGUGUUACUGCCACAGAAAAAAAAUAGAGAGGGCAGUCACAGUGUGCAACGACAUACAGACAGAGGAAUUUAUAGCUGUGGAGGUGAUAUUUUUGUUACUUAUAAGUAGUUGAAUUAGAGAUUAGAAUGCUGCUGAAACCCCAUCCAUCAAAAGUAAACCGGCGAGUUCAGUAGAAGAAGUAGAAGAUGGGGUGAUAUGAUGUCAGCUAGUGUGUGAUUCAUGUCUACACAGGCGUUUUCUCUGUGCGUACUCAGAUGGAUAUCAAUAGCUCCAUUCAACCGAUGGAAUUUGCCUUUUAGAAAUUGUAACUGUUUGUGUCUGGAGAGCCUGACAUGUCGGCCUGGCCAUCUGCAGAUAGUAAGAAGGUAAUACUAUGUCAGUAGUUGCCAUAUGCACAAUCACUGUGUAUUUUAGAAAGACUAAUGGUUUGAAAUGAAUGAUGACGUGGUCACUGAUCUGUGUCCAGACAUUGUGUUCAUUACAUCUAAAUCUAUGUGCUCAGUUGAUGCCAUGCACGCUAUGUUUAUAUCCCACAGUAACAUGCAGACGUACGGUGCAGUGUGGUAUAGUUACAGCUUUAAAGGACCCUUGAAGAAGUAAUAAUUUGCAUCAAAUUUUCUUUGUAUACAAAUACACACGGACAUGUUUGAUAUUUAUAUAUUUCAGACAUUUUUCUACAGAGACUUUAACAUUUAAAGAGAUGAUAUUUUUGAUAUUGUGUUAGAUGACUGAGAGGUAAUUUGACGAAAGCUCACAUUCCCUCGCGGAACAUGUGUGGUUUUUUUUUCAGAAGGGCAGAGCAGGAUAAGUUAUUUAUAUAUACCAACAGGAUGGUGUUUGUAUGGAUGGAAAACAAGUGCUUCAGCAUUAAAACGUGGAGGAACUUCACAGAACGAGAAAGAAAAUGGCGGGUGGAGAAGAGAAACGGCAUAAACCAAAUACCUAGCUGUGCUUUAUCAGACAGGAGGCACGGCAAUGAAUGAAUGCAUGACUGACUCUUCACUUUGUACUGCCAUCACUGUGUUUUUCUAUGCAUUUCUGUGAAGAGGCUGUCUGUCGGUGGGUCCAACAUGCAGGGAGCUCUGCUCUCCAUAAUAAAGAGUUUAGAAGUAACCCCCCCCCACCCCCCAUCUCCUUAUAUGAUGUUCAUCAGGUUAAUUCUGCAGUCUGUAUUAUCCUGAUACAUUUCCAAGGUAUUAACAUGCUGCUUAGGCCAAUGAAGCAUUUACAAUUAAAUAUUCGUUCUCUCAUGCAGCACUGAUUAAUACCAGAUAUUACAUAGUGCUUUACAAGAAGAAAGUGAAUAUCAUAUAUAUUUAUAUAAAUAUAUGAGCAUUUUGUCGAUGCAUACAGUUUUUCCCCCACAUUCAGACUGGAGGCACCCCCACCUUUAAGCUCCACGUCUUUGUUCUCACUGGACACAGAGACUGAACUCAUGACCAAAUCCUGCAUCAAUCAAGAAUCUGUUUUAAAGAUGAUUGGGAUGUCUCUAAACGCCAUCGGUGAUAUUCUGUUGUUUGUCCACAAACUGUUGGAAAAAUAAUUGUGAAAAGUAAACACUUUGCACUUAAUGUCUGUGUGUCCGUGUGUAUUUUAUGGACUGGGCAACAAUUUCAAGUAUCCAGGGUGUUGAUUUUAUGUCUGCAUUUUCUGUUAUAAACUGUGCUCUUGCAAAUGAAUCCUUCAUAAUGUCAAGACUCUGUGAGUUGGGAGUGAAAUAAAGUAAAUUAAUCUGAUUGCGAGCGCAUUGCACGUAAUCACCGUUAGCAAAAAAGGCAGUGGGUGCAAACCUUUCAGAGAGAAAAAUACAUUACAUCGCAUCAGCAGCUACAUCAGUUAAUUGGAGAUUAGUGUGGUGAGAUAGCAGGCUGGUGGUGUCAGGGCACUGGCUGUCUCCAGUAUAUAGUCUAAUGCAUUCACAGUGGUUUGUCAUGGUCACACACGCUAUAACAU